AUGGGUUUCAGUACAGUAAGAGAAAUAGUUAAAGAAGUUUGUGAGGCAAUAUGGGACAAUUUAGGGCCACUUGUUAUGCCAGAACCCACAGAGGAAAUGUGGAAAAAAGUUGCUGAAAGAUAUAAAACCAUGUGGCAUUUUCCAAACUGUAUAGGGGCUAUAGACGGUAAGCACAUCAAUAUACAGUGCCCUAUUAAUGCCGGAUCCACGUAUUACAAUUACAAGGGAAGUCACUCUAUUGUUCUAUUAGCGAUAGUAGAUGCAGACUACAAGUUCAUUACAAUUGAUGUCGGAUCGUACGGAAGGAACAGUGACGGAGGAAUUUUUUCCAACUCAAUUAUUGGUAAAAAGUUGCACAACAAUACACUCAAUAUACCGAAACCUAAUCCUUUAUUAGAAAAUGGAGAUCCGUUACCAUAUGUCUUUGUCGGAGAUGAAGCGUUUCCAUUAAAACCGUAUUUGCUGCGUCCAUACAGCAGAAAUAGUUUAGGAGACAAUGAACCUAAUAAAAUAUUUAAUUAUAGAUUAUCACGGGCACGACGUGUCGUUGAAAAUGCUUUUGGAAUUCUAGCUGCAAGAUGGAGAUGUUUCCGAGGUCACAUUGAAGUACAACCAGAAUUCGUUGAUAAAAUAGUUCUCGCAUCUUGCUGUUUACAUAAUAUGUUGUGCACAGACAAUGAGUUUGAACCCGACUUAGAAUUAAAUCAAGUUCCAGAAAAUGCUUUUUUAAAUAUAGAUGCUCUACGAAGAAAUAGCACUCGAGAAGCAACUCAAAUUCGAGACGCAUUUAAAGAUUAUUUCAAUUCUGAUGCUGGUAGUGUAGUAUGGCAAGUCGAUAGUGUUAGAAAAGGAAGAAUACAUACUUAG